AUGAAGCAGGAGGACAUGAGCUCUGAUGAGGACUCCUCUUCAUCCAUCAGCUCUGAGUGGCUUACAAUGUCCAACAGUGACAGUGUGGAGCAAGAGGCUGUGUCUGCUCCAGGACAGAGGACCAUGGAGAGGUGUGUGGACACAGCGCGGAUGUUCAAGCUGAGGAGAGCCCUGAGCCAACUGGACCUGUACCACCAACAGAAGGCUCAAGAUGUGCACACAGCCAGUGAGCAGCAGAGAGCUUGUCGUGAGCACAUCAAGGACCUGUUGGAGCAGAGGGAGAGGCUGGAGGAGGAGAUGGAGAGUCAAAGGGCAGCAGACAACAGUGCAGGACUGUUCAGGGUCAGAGCUCAGCACCGGAGGCUUUGUGAGGAGCUGCAGAGAGAGGAGGAGCUGGAGCUGGUGCUUAAAGAUGCCCUCCACAAGUAUCAACUGGAGCUGUGUGAGGCUGAGGUGGAGCUGGCCAAAGUGUCCUCUCUGCGGAAGGAGGUCCAACAGGAUGAACAGAGCUUCAGCCUCUACAAGCAACAGAAGACCUCCAGGACACUGCAGCAAGAGAAGCAGGCUUGUACCAACCGCCAGGCCAAGAGCCAGGCCAAGAGCCAGGCCAAGAGCCAGGCCAAGAGCCAGGCCAAGAGCCAGGCCAAGAGCCAGGCCAAGAGCCAGGCCAAGAGCCAGGGCAAGAGCCAGGCCAAGAGCCAGGCCAAGAGCCAGGCCAAGGCCCAACACACCAAUGAUAAAGAGAUCCCUCAGAAGAACAUCUCAAAGGAGGUGAAGAAGAUGAGCAGCAGCAGAGUGAUGAAGGAGAGCAUGCUCAGGGCUCAGUGUCAGGAGGCGGACAGGCAGCAGGAGUGCAGGGAUCUAGUGGAGAGCCGCAGGCAGGCUGUGAAGACUCUGCAGACCAACAUCUCAGCGGCACAUAGCAGAGCCAAAGUCCCCAGGCAGACAGAGCAGAGGGGGCAGAGGGGGCAGCGCGAGGAGGAGACCAGGCUGUGGGCUGUAGGUACCGGGCCUGUAAUGGAGAAACAGCACAAGCAGUGGCAAUCCAAGGACAGGCAUAAGGCAAAGGGUCUGGAGAUGGAAGCUCGCAGCCUUCUAAAAGAGCAGCAUCUGUUGAGGGAGCAGAAGAUACAGUCUGCACAAAAGCUCAAAGCUCCAGGGAGGUCCCCAAUGCCUCCCUCACCCCUGCCCUCCACACCACCCCAUCCAAUAGCAAGGAGGGAGCAGUACCAGGAGCACAGUGACAGUGAGGACACAUCAGACCUAGAGGACCAGCUGCAGCAGGAGGAGGAGGGGGAAGCUGGAGACCUGGAACAGCCCGAGUUCUGUGGCAUGUGGGCGCAUGACUAUAAGGAUCUACCACCAGAAGGAGGGUUUUUCUGUGAGGGCCCCACUCUCUGCUGUCAUGAGGUGGCCUUCAUGGAGGACAUUGAAGGAGCACAGGAGGCAAAUAAGAAGCCUGCAUUGGUCCAGACUGAAGCACUACAGAACAAAUGUCCAAUGCCCAGCGACACGUUCAACGCCUCAGCUAAAACAAUCCCCAGUAAAGAAACCAGAGGGAGGACAUUCAGCAGUAAACCAGAGCUGCUCCACUUUAAGGACUUUGAAGUGAAGCAGAUGUACAAGAAGAAAGUGGUCCUGACCAAUGUUAGCUAUAGCACCAACUUCUGUAGGCUCACCGGGGUGUCCACUGCUCUGAACAACUGCAUGUCUGUGAGCUUUGAGCCUCCUGGUUCUCUGUCCACUGGGAUGUCCUGUGAGCUCUAUGUCGUCUUUGAGUCGCACGUGAAUGAGGAUGUGGCGGGAGAGAUCCGAUUUGCCACAGCCACAGGGCCCUUCUCUGUACCGGUCAGAUGCUCCACCAAAAAGUGCCUGAUGGAGGUGGACAGCCAGUGUGUGGACUUUGGCUCACAUGUGGUGGGACAGACUGUAACACAUUGCAUCACUUUGACAAACCGUGGGGCUCUGGGCUCCGUCUUCAGACUGGACAUGUGUGACUGGACCAGCCCAGAAAACAGCUCCUCUCCCCGGCCUCCCUGUGCUCCAACUGCCCUACCUCAGGAAGCCAACUGUGGUCAAACUGAAGUGGACGAUGAGAAGAGGCAGGAGAGUGGAGUCCAGCCAGACCAUGAAACUCACCCAGCAGAGACAGAAAGCCAUGAAGACCAGCUCACCUCUGACCUCUCCCACUCCCCCCACCCCACCCACCCAGUUGACUCCUCCCGCUCACAUAACUCCUCCCCCUCUGCUGACUCUUCUCACUCCGCCGACUCCUCUGAUGCAACGUGCGAUGUGCAUUUUGGAAGUGUGACUGAGGGCCACAUCGGACCUUCUCAGAGCACCAAACUGGACAUUAUCUUCAAACCCACAAUUCCAGGAGACACCAAGCUCACCUUCUACAUCCACUUCUCUGACCCAAGCAGCCCGGCGAUCCCCGUCCAGGUGAAGGCCACAGCGGUCAGUGUGCCUCUGUGGGUCAGUCAUCCAAACAUGGACCUGAAGAUCUGUGUGUGGGACCAGCCCUACCACCACUCCAUCUGCGUACACAGCCGAGCCAGCACAGCCUUGAAGCUGGUAUUCGAGGUGUGUCCAGAGCUGAGGAGGCACAUGGAGGUGAUCCCAAAGACAGGCUUCGUCCAGUCACAGUCUAGCUUCAAGGCCUUGCUUAAGUUUCAGCCCAGGCCCUCUCUCCCUGAUGAUGUAGGAGACUUAUUUGACCGUGACACCGGAGUGCUGGAGGCCCCUCUGGAGGUGCAUGCUGCAGGACAGUGCAUGUCUGUCACAGUAAAUGCGGUGCUGACCUCCUCUGACCUGAGCAUGGACACGUCUGUGUUAGACUUUGGGCCCUGCUCUGUCCUGCAGGCGGUCAGAAGCAGAGUGCACCUGACCAACCUGUCCCUGCUGCCACAGGACUUUGGCUUCUGCAAUGUCCCUGAGUUCCUGGAUUUGCAGCCGAAUGACGGCUUUGGUACUUUGCUUCCACAAGAGACCUUGCCCAUAGACCUGAUCUUCAGUCCAAAGAGGGCCCAAAACUACAACUUCCAACUGUGCUGCAAGACUGGACUCAACCGAGACUUGGUGUUGCCUUGCAGAGGCCUGGGAGUGCGCCCCCCUCUGGAGCUCUCUCACUCCACAGUGCAGUUUGGAGCCACCGCACUGGGACAUUGUUCGUCUGCUCUGGUGUAUGUCAUCAACGCAGAGCGACCUCUGACCCCUGCUGAGCCCCGCCUCUUCAGCUUCCACAUUCCCGACCAAUCAGACAUCAGCGUGUCGCCUUCCACUGGUUGUCUUUUACCUGGCGAGCGCUGCAUGGUUCAGCUGAGCUUUAGACCAACACUCCAUAAGACAGAGCCCAGAGAGGAGUCUGACACACGGACUGAAACAGAAAUGGAGUCCCCAGCAGAGGGCAGCAGAGGAGAGAGGGCACAGAUGAGUGAGCGGUCUGCCUUCCCGCACCUCUCCAUCAAUGUGCUGUACCUGAAGUUGCAGUGCCCUGUCAUACAGCCACCUCUAGUGGUCACAUCCGAAAGCGGAGAGAACACUGUGGACUUUCAUAAUGUGAUAGUGGGGGAAACAGCCAUAGCCAAGUGUGUUGUCCAAAAUGUAUCAGAGGAAUCUUUACAUCUGAGCUCAUCUCUACUGGCCCCUGGGGGGCCCUUCUCUGUACUGAACGCCCUGCAACCCCUCAGACCAGGUCAGAGGCACCCCCUGUUGCUGGCCUUCUGCCCCUCCAGAGCCCUGAAGUACCGAGAGCGUCUGGAGCUGCGCAGCCUGAAAGGGGCGGUGUGGCUGAACCUGUGUGGAGAGGGGGUGAAGCCUGAGGUCACCUGCUCCCCCUGUGGUCCUGAGCUGGAUUUUGGUCAUGUGCUGGUCAGGGAGAGCACCAGUCACACUCUGAAGCUCCAGAACCACUCUGCAGUUGCAGUGGGCUUCAGGACCUUGCUCUCCAGCCAAGCUCCAGCAACGCUCCAGAGAGAGGGCUGUGAGGGUGCCAGCAGGGGGCAGCGUGUGCAGCUCCUGUCAGGUGGUACUAGUGAUGGGAUUGUGUUCAGCGUGGUGCCAGCAGAGGGCAGGCUAGCUCCAGGGCAGAAUCAGGACAUCCGUCUGUGUUUCCAUCCCAAAGAAGAGCAAGAGUUUAGAGACUGCCUCACUGUGCAGCUGUCCAAUAAGAGUGCAGUGUGUGUGAUGGAUCUGAAGGGGGCAGCGUGCUCUCACAGCAUGUUUGUAAGUGGAGGGGACCCUCUGAGCCUGCCCACCACACUGGCCCCUGGACCAGCUCAGAACUCAGAGGGGGAGCCCACCCCAGUGCUGAUGACCCUGAGAGCUCCGGAAAGCGCAGGCCAGAGGGUCCCUGUGGUCAGACAGCUGCAGGUGGGCUGUGUCCGUUCCACGCUGCCCAGCAAGAAGACUGCAGAGUUUGUGUGGGACAUCACUGGAUCGGUGCGACAGCAGGGCUUUAGCAUAGAUCCCACCCGAGGAGCAGUGGAGCCGGGCACCACUCGCACUGUCAGCCUGACAUGGACGCCCCCUAGUGGAUACAAGCCUCACCAUAUUCUGCAGAGCUGUGUGUCCCUGACCCUGAAGGCAGACAUAGUGAGAGUGUACAGCGUCACCCUCCUGGCCCUGGUGACCUCUGACACCUCGUGA